UGCAGUUGAGAAUAAUGAUUUCACUCUAGUUUAAUAUCUUCGUACGAUUUACUGUGAUUGCUUCGACAGCAAGUAGUGACAAUGAUUUCAACAAUGAGUUCGACAAUGAGUACGACGAUGAGUUCGACGAUGAUGUGGGAAGAAGGUAACACGACCACGGAGAGCCCAACAGCGUACAGGGCAGCGACGUGGGAUGAUGCGACAUGGAUUCUGACAAGUGCCUUCCUGAUCUUUACUAUGCAAUCAGGAUUUGGCCUUCUGGAAUCAGGUAGCGUGACCCUCAAGAACGAAGUCAAUAUCAUGGUAAAAAACGCUGUCGACGUCCUCUUUGGUGGAAUCUCGUUCUGGAUGUUCGGCUACGGGUUGAGCUUCGGUGUCAAUAAGGGAUCAAAUUCCUUCAUUGGUAUCGGGGAUUUCUUUGUUGAUAGUACGAGGGUUGAUGCUGAGAUGGGUCAUCUCUUCGCACAUUUCUUCUUUCAUGCCUCCUUUGCGACCACGGCAACCACGAUCGUUAGUGGGGCGAUGGCGGAGAGAACAAAACUCGAAGCCUACAUCAUCUUCUCUUUCGUCAAUACCUUCGUAUAUGCACUACCAGCUCAUUGGAUAUGGGCACCUAAGGGAUGGCUCCAUGAAAUGGGCGUGGUCGAUAUCUCUGGUGCAGGACCAGUGCACCUGCUCGGAGGGGUAACUGGGCUGGUGGCAACACUCAUGCUAGGUCCUCGAGAUGGGAGAUUCGGAGAAAUACAUGAGCGACCAAUACAGAGUAGUCCCAUCAAUACUCUUCUUGGUUUAUUUAUGUUAUGGUGGGGCUGGCUCGGUUUUAAUUGCGGUAGUACUUAUGGAGUCGCUGGCCAAAAAUGGAUACUGACAAUAAGGUCAGCUGUUUCGACUAUCCUGUCAUCUAUUGCUGGUGGUAUAACAGGAAUUACACUCAGUUACCUUUUUCUCUCACGCCGAUUUCACAUCCCUUGGCUCAUAAAUUCUGUGUUAGCAUCAUUGGUGUCUAUUACAGCUUACUGCGCUCUAGCCCACCCCUGGGAAGCGAUCAUCAUAGGUUCGGUGGGUGGUAUCAUAGGGUGUGUCUCUGAACCGCUUGUAUCAUGGUUGAAGAUUGAUGAUCCGGCUAGUGUCAUCUCUGUUCAUUUCUUCCCAGCUAUCUGGGGUUUGCUGGCAGUAGGAAUCUUUGGUCAGAUCGAUACCCUUGGAGAGUUCAAUCGUCACAAUGGUUUGAUUCACGGUGGAGGUUUUUGGUUGCUAGGUGUCCAGCUCCUAUCUGUGGUUUGUCUGAUAAUAUGGACGGUCGUCACGUCCUUCAUAUUCCUCUUGGUCCUCAAGGUCACUAUCGGACUUCGUGUCUCCCUCCACGAAGAACUAAUCGGCGCUGACGUCGUCGAACACGGCUUGCACGGCAACUACGACAAGCGUUCGGGUCAGCUCACGGACCAAGAUGGCGCUGUAAUACUCCACAUUGAUCAAUCAACACCACAUGACUAUGAGAUGUCCCUAUUGGCCCUCCGUAGACGGGUGAAAUUGUUUGGAGGUACAGUAUUCCAGAGGCAGUGGACAGGAACCGCUCAUACUCUGGACGUAACAUCUAAGAAGCCAUUGGAACGAGGAGGGAGCGUGAGGAACAAGAAAUACGACUAUUCGUUUCAAGAACCUAAGAGUGAAAGUAUUCGAUCAGACGGACAUCCAGUUCAUGUUCACUUUCUCAAUGCAGCUUUGGAGGACAGGUCGCAGUCUAUGAUGACAAGCGGUAUCGAAAGUGAAAGAUAACUUCAUGAUCUGAUAAAGCGAGUAUCUUGUCGUGAUUUGAAUGAAUAUAAAGGUUCAGAUUCUGAUUGGAGAAUAACUAUACAUUUUGCGGAGAUUAGACUAGUUCAUUACAUAAUAGGACAUAUUUAUACCAACACCAUCAGGAAUCGGUUGAGCAUUCAUCUAAAAGUAUAUAGAUUUGAAAUGAAAUAUAUGUGAAUUUUAGCAUUGAUUUUUUUUUGUUAA